ACAGGCGCAGUCUUCCAUUCACACAGCUGCCCGCUGAUAUCCGGUUCACCUUUUCUCUGCAAGGUUCCAAAAGGGAAGGAAUCACAUCUCUGGGCUGCUAUAAAGGAGAAAACUGAGUACCAUUGCUAUAAGAAGACAGGGAAGGCGAAGGAAGAGUAUUAAAAUUCUGUUGGCUACAGUUUUAAAGGUAGCUGGAUUUUCACUGCCCGUUUCACCAGGACGCCCUCUUCGUGCAUUGCAUAAUCUUGCAGCGAGUUCAAGCAUGGCGCAUCAACUGGAUCCUCUGUCCCUUGCCUUUCUGGCGUUCGCUAUGCUUCUGCUGGUGUCUGGUCACAUGGUUAACGGUAGCUCUGAUGUUGGAGAUGAUCUUGGCGGGAUGCUGGACGAAGUGGACUGGGAGAAGCGUCAAGCCGGUGCUGACGGUAUUGAUACGGGCAGGGACGGAGAAGCAUAUCCGGCCUUUGUCUAUGCGCGCGAGCUGCGAGUGCUCAAAGCGAAAGUCGCCAGUCUGGAGAAGCAGUAUAUACCAGAGGUUGGUGGUAAGAGCAGCUGCGAUGUGGGCGUGGUAGGCCACAAGUACCAGAGCAAUCACCCUCAUGGACACGGAGGCACUACGCUUUCAAAGGGGCGCAUUGCUCGCAUGACAUUCACCAAGAAGCGCGACAACACCGUGCUGCGCGUGACUUUCUCGGAGAACAUCCGCGUGAUGGGACGUGGCGUGGCCGUUCGCUGGUUCAUAACGAUCGACGGCCAAGAGUGCGUAAAGCCUUCCAAGCUUGAUAUCGCCAUGUACCAAAGUGAUCCAACCGAGAACAGUCCUAUUCCGUCCGUGCUCGUGGGAAUCUGCCAGGCCAACGCAGCGGGUCAGAUCAAAAAGGGCACGCACAACAUUGAUGUCAACAUCGGUGCCACCAGCUACCCGCUGGGCACGCCUCUCUCAGGCUUCUACUCCACCACGUUCUUCGAAGUGCAGGAGGUGUGUCCGGAGUUCUGAGCACCAUUACGUUGCCUCCCUCCAAAGGCCAUCAUGUCAUAAUUCUUUUGCCGAUGUUCACAGUUUAGUUUAGUAAAAAGGAGAAGGACUACAAUGUUACGAGUUCUCCUUCCUGUUCCUGCUCUCUUUUUUUAUCAUAAUUAAAUUGGCUCACUAUCCGAGUUUAUUUAGUUUUAGUUUUAUUCCACGCAAAAAAUAGCUGAGGAAGUAACCAAUGACCACUUUGUGCCACGA